GUUCUCGGGCGGGCAGAGCCCAGUCCGUGCCUCUUCGUUGCCCCGCGCGCUUCUCAUUGCGCCCCGCUUCCCGCGCCCGGCCCGGCUGGGUCCAGUGCUGCCCACCCGAGGGAGCCCGCGCACCACGCCUGUCCGACCCUCUGCCCGUCACACAAGCCGGGCACCUGUACCAGGAGCUCACUGAAUCCACUAAUUACAGAGCUGACAGAUAAACAUCAUGAGCAUUUCUUCCUUAGGAAGUAUUGGGAAAGGGAAAACUGUACCAUCUGGUGAAGAGGAGCGCAAUAAUAUCCUAAGACAGAUGAAAGUACGGACUACACUAAAGGGUGACCAGAGCUGGAUCACCAAGCAUGACGACUCUGAGGACCAUACCAUAGAGCCACUCUCAAGUCACAACCGAACCACAUCCUUCUCAUCAGUCAGAGACGAAUCAAAUGCCAGGUCUCCAAACACAAGGGCUCCAGCUGGUUAUAUAAUCCGGGGAGUGUUCACCCGAACAAUAGAUAGCUCUUCUCACUCCCAGCAUCGCCCCUCUAAGACCAACGGAGCUCCAAGAAGUGCUUCUGGGCAGCUGGGAGCAGCUAAUUCUGGUCAUCCGCUUCAGUCGUCUGGCUAUAAGAUGACUACGGAAGAUUAUAAGAAACUAGCACCGUACAACAUCAGGCGCAGCUCCAUAUCAGGGGCUGAGGAAGAGGAGGUGCCAUUCACCCCAGAGGAGCAGAAACGGAGGUCUCAGGCUGCAAUUGGUGUUCUGAGGAAGACAGCCCCACGGGAGCACUCUUACGUCCUCUCAGCAGCUAAGAAGACCACUAGUCCUACCCAGGAGCUGCAGUCACCAUUCCUUGCAAAAAGGGUUGAUGUGGUAGAUGAGGAACUCCUUCCUGAGAAAAACCAGGACCCACCUGCUCUGGCAAGACCUGAUCCUGGCUUAAGCAGCUCGACAACCGAGAAGAUUGUCUAUCCGCAGAUUACAACCCCCACAGCAGAACUCCACCUGGUGGCCCCAGACCUGGAAGCCCUGAGCACUCCAGAUUCUUGUGAGGAGAACAAUGCAGCCCCCAAGAUCAUCAAGGGAGUACCUGGCACCCUACAAGAUGGACAAAGUGACCCAACUGUGGCUUCUCAACAACUUGCAGAUCUCAGCAUCCUAGAGCCACAGAGUAGCCCCAGUGGACCCGAGCAGCAAAUCAGAGCAGAGGACUGUACUAACAUGCUGAUGAGCCCUUCGAGCUGCAUGGUCACUGUUACUGUCUCUGACACCUCUGAACAAUCUCAACUGUGUGUUCCUGCUGUCUCAAGCAAGGUGGACUCCAGCUCAACCAUCAAAGGGAUUCUCUUCGUGAAGGAGUACAUGAAUACCAGUGAAGUGUCUUCUGGGAAGCCAGUGUUUUCACACUGUGACAGUUCCAGCAGCAUUGAAGACUCAUUGGGUCUGGCAAAGAAACCCCCACAUGAAGGUAGCCCUCCUGAGAGACCAACUGAAGGGGUCUGUACUUACUGUAGCCACGAGAUCCAAGAUUGUCCGAAGAUUACCCUUGAACAUCUUGGCAUCUGCUGCCAUGAGUAUUGUUUUAAGUGCGGGAUUUGCAAUAAACCGAUGGGUGAUCUCCUAGAUCAGAUCUUCAUUCACCGUGACACCAUCCACUGUGGGAAAUGCUAUGAGAAGCUCUUCUAGGCUGAACAGAAGCUGAUGAUCCCCAGCUGUAUUUGGCUGUCCAGUUGACCCAAAUUGUUGGCUCCUCGUCCCUUACAUCCUCCAUGGUUCCACUGUACUUCUGCCUACCUUGUGCGGAAGGAGCAUACAUCUAAGAUUGUAUCGUAGUGAUGUUAUGAUUUUGUGUAGCCUUUUAUACCUUAGGAAUAUCUCAGUUCCUUGCUUCCAGGAUGAAUGAGUCCACUUUGACUUCCCUGAGACAUGUUUUCUAAUGAGUGCAGAUGACCUAGUAUGUUAGACAUGGGUACAAAUCUAGGUAUCAGCGUAUGCAGACUUUCUGAGGCUUCUGAGGGGCCAAGCCAAAAAACUGUUGACGAUCCCUGGUAGGGAAAUUACAGGCAUUAAAUACUAAGGGUUGGCAAUAGGCUAAUGUUUAGCUUGUCUAUUUACUUUGUGUGUGUGUGUGUGUAUUUUUAAAAUAGUUAAUUUUUUAUUGAAUCACGUAAAUUUAAAUUACCUCCUCCCAUUCUCCUUUGGUUUUUCCAGUAAGGUAUGUCAGCACAUGUUGGAAAGUUUACCCAGGUUUAAAUUUGAUAAGAUACAAUAUUAGGAGGCUUCUACCAAAGGGAUAUCUGUGUCUGUUUGAAUUUUGUUAGUUAGUUAAAAUCUUUACCCUCAGUAUUGCUGAACUUUUCUCCUCUGAGCAGUUUUUAAUGUAUGUAAAUCAGGGUAAAGAAAACAGAUAAGGUUUCUUGAGACUUCUGUUCCUACUGUGAAAUAUUUCCCUGAAGCGAGUGUUAGAAAUGGCUUUGAAAAGUGUGAAAUUCACCCCAUCUCUGGGCUUCUUGGGUCCCUCCAUGAAACACUACGGUAAUUUAAUUGCUCCCUUUCCCUCUCCUCCAGAGCCUUUCACCCAGAGACAAAUUUGGCUUACGUAACUUCUCAAAGAAAAGCUUGCUAUCCAGUGAAACGUGAAGUAGGCUCUCUGCCCUGAUCAUGCAGCAUUUUGUGACCUGUUUUCUAGUCCCGAAUCUGUUUCAAACUAACAUCAACUUCUAGGUCCCCAGGUACUCAAAACACUACCAGUUGAUGUCUGGCACAGCAGAGGCAGGUUCAUCCCUGCAGUUUGCUAAUAUGCUGCUCUAAGUCAACCUCACUCUGCUGCCUUUGGGCUCAGCAUUAAAUUGGAAGCUCCUUGAAAGGAAAAAUAGUCCUCGAGGCUUGGGAAUGCAAAAUUGAGGCUUCGUUGUUGGAUUGACUUAGAAGCUAGCUCUUCACUCUCUGCAGACUUUGAAUGGACUUGUUCUUCCUACUAGGUAACCAGAGAAGAACAUUCUAUUUAUUUGACUAUUUAUCUGUUACCUGAACUCUGAAGGGAAGAAGUGCACUGUGCCACACCCCAAUACUAAUUAUGAACUAGUCUUUCUCAAGUUCAGCUCUAGAAUGGGACUUAGCAGAUAGUGGGCAAUAACAUAUGUGUAACAUAUGUGUGCCAAAUGAACUAGUAAGAGAAAACUAAGUCACUCCCUUAAUUAUCUAGGCAUUUUAGUGCAGGCCUCAUAGACAAGACUAAGAGGCUCUAGAUCUGAUGGCUUCCCCACUUAAAGGUGUACUCUGCCAUUUAAGGAAUUUUAGAAAUAUGAAAUAUACUCAAAGACAGCUUGUAAGGUUAGUAUUGAUUUGAAUCCAAAACAGCCCUUUUGUGUCUUAGACACAAAAUUCUGCAGUUAACAAAGAGAGAUGGUUUUGCAUUGAUUUUCUUCUGUUUAAUUGCUUACUGUUUUUAAUUAUCCUUGCUUAAUCCACAUUAAUGUACACAAAUUAUAAUAAAUGUUAAGAUGUUACACAUCAGUAUUAUAACUUCUUUUUUUAA